CGCUGUCUCCCCUGUUUUGUUAGAUCGGCACGAGACGUAGACCGACAACGUGUUCUUCUUUCGCUAAACGUUUUCUCCGUUUGCUUUCGCUUUCAAACAACGUUACCUCCUUCGUUUUUCAAGUUUGCAACUGUAAUUGCUUCGCUGUUCUCACAAGAUUUACUCAUUUUUGCUAUCGUUCUUCCUCAUUGUUAAUUUAUUCUGAAUAUCAGUGAUAUAAGUAAAUAUAAAGAGUAUAAGAAAAAAGAUACAAGUGACGUACCGUGAAGAAAAUGCAAGCCUAUAGUGAAGAUCCUGGUUUGCAAUGUGUGUCUCGCAUGAAACUAUUAAACGAGAAAAAUGAUCGUAAUACAAAGGUUUCUCUAUCACUUAGCGAACUUAUUAAUCGUUUACACGAUGCAUUCGCUACUGAUCACGUGAAUAUAGAUUACGUCAAGGACUUAAUGGCCUCUUAUAGGAGCAACCCUUUGGAAUGGAAGAAAUAUGCAAAGUUCGAUAGAUACAGGUAUACAAGGAAUUUGGUUGAUGAAGGAAAUGGAAGAUUUAAUCUAAUGGUACUUUGUUGGGGUGAAGGCCAUGGUUCAGCUAUACACGAUCAUGCCAACGCGCAUUGUGUUAUGAAAAUUCUUCAAGGCGAAUUGUGCGAGACGCGAUACGCGUGGCCUACGAAGUGUAAAAAUCAAACAGAAGAGCCGGAAGAACUCAAAGAGCUGGAGCGAAACACUGUCGGUUUGAAUGAAAUAUGUUACAUCAAUGAUUCUCUUGGACUUCAUCGAGUUGAAAAUCCGAGUACUGUGAAUCCCGCUGUUUCGUUACAUUUAUAUUCGCCACCGUUUUCAACAUGUUCCGUUUUUAAUAAGCAAACUGGGCAAAAAUCUACGAGUAAAGUCACAUUCUGGUCGAAAUUCGGAGAAAAACGGAACCGGGAAAUUCAAGACUCUAGGUGUCCCGAAGAUAAUUAAUGUAUCGAAGCUAAAAUUAAUGUUAAGAACUAAUUUUCCGAGAAGCUUGUCCAUAUUCUAUAAUUGUAAAAAAUGUACUUAAAUAUAUCUAUUUACGCUCAGAUAAAUAUGUGAAAUAAUAAAAGUUGUUACUGGCAAUCUAUAGACAUUAAAAUAAAUAAUUGUGUAUCAAUACUUAUUAUAG